ACGAGCGGAGGCCGGCUGCUGGGGCUGGGAGCUCGCAGUCUGUGCGCAGAGCCUUGGAGACGGAGCCAGAGGAAGGAAGGCAAGGGCGCCUGGUGCUCAGGAAGCUGCAGCCCCAGCCCGCCGCAGGCACCAUUGGGCGGCGGGUGUCCGGACUUUCCUUUCCUAUAAAAUGGCCCAAUGUUUGUUCAAGGUGAAUCAUUUGGGGCUGCCUGCAUCAAAGACCAUCUACUGAAGACCCUAUGAAGGUUCAUGGGAUGGACCCCAGCAAGCCCAUGACUCAUCUAGAAACUUUAUACCUGCUACCUGUGGCAGUUCCAGUAAUGACUGCUGAAAUCACUCUCAUCAACCUCUGGGUUAAGGGAAGAGGCAGGAUUCUUAGAUGUAGACCUACAAUAUCUAUCGCCAAACACUCAGAUCCAUACAUUAUUCUGUAAAGAGUUCUGGACUUGAAGGCAGAAGACCUCAGUCUGAAGCUCAUGUGGCAUCAUGGGAAUCACAUAUGAAACCAGGGUUCAAAUCCCAGCAGAGCCAUAACCAAGGUGGGACAGAUAGGGCUUUGCUUUGAGCAAGUGACUUUUUUUUGGACCCAACCUGUGAUUUCACUGGUUUGUGUCACUCCCUAUACCGAUGUAGAACGGUGCAUGCUCUGUGACUUGCUAUGUUAAGAGUUGCCACAAUGGCCCCAGAGGCAUUGAGACAGCAGAUGCUUGUCUCAACCCUGAAGAGUGAUGGAGGAGGGUUAGGUAUACCAAGGUCUGUGGAAGUCAGAACUAGGGACUACCUGCUGUCCUUCCAUCCCCAGUGCCUCUUACAGCCUUGCACACAGUUGGUGCUUAAUAAAUACUCGUUGAUGGUGUCUUUCUUCUAGGGGCUUUGCUUCCAGCACUCUGGGCACCUCCCACCUAAGCAGAGGCUGAAGAGGAGGAUCCAGAGUUCGAGAGACCUUUAGAAAGGAGAGAUCCUGGUCUUCUGGCUUCCAGCUUCAAGAUGCUUGGUUCCAGAUUCUCUUCCAAGAGAGGUCCAUCCCUGAAAGGAAAUAAAGACUCUGGGAGGAAGCCAACAGUAAUCAAAGUCUCCCUUGAAGAAAGGUGUGCAGAGAAGAUUCUAGAAACAAUUAUGCCUCUCUGUGAGCCUCAUCUAGACAGACCCCCGUGGAUGCAUGUAACGUACAUGGACAACACACAAACACAUAGAUGAACAGAUGUAAUUGUCAUAAAUACCUUUUGGAAUGGCCAAUUCAUGUAUCAGAAGUCCACAUCAAAGGAUAUCGUAGCCAAGCCCAUGAUCUAACAGAAAAGUGAAGACACUAAAAUUGAGAAAAAGAGGCCAUUUCUAAAGGACUCUUCUGGCACAUUUAGCCCUCUGCUCACCCAUCUCUUGCCCAGGUGGUCCUUGAUCCUUGACCUUGGGUAGGAAAGACCCCAUUGGGCAAGUGCGCUCCAACUCCAGCCAUGAGCUUCCUCCAGCACAGCCUCUCUGACAGCAGCUUUGUGGCCAACUUACCCAAUGGCUCCAUGAUGGACCUGCAGCAUCCCAGCACUUGCCCCAGCUCCCCCAUCUCCCCAGUGACAGAGAGAAGGCACUCCCAGCCUCUGUCUGCAGCCACCUCCUCCUCCUCUGGCUCCAGCCUCUUCAGUUCCCUCUCUAGUGCCAUGAAGCAGAUCAUGCAGGCAGUCUCGGGGAUGAUGGAGACUCCAGUGUCCCCUGUACUUGUCAUCCAGAAACCCAAGAUCCUGUUGAUGGCAGAUGAUGCACAUACAGACAGGGCCAAGUAUUCCUAUAGAAAGAAGAUAAAUGGAGAGAUUGAGAUUCAAAUGGAACAGGUGGAGGAAGGUUGCUACCUCUCUUUCAGCUUGUCUCUUCUCAGAUCCUUCAAGCUCAUUCAGCAGCACACCUACAGUAUGACCCUAGCAGAGGAGUACAGCAGCCUAGUUAUCAGCCUCCAAUAUGGCGGAUUCCCCAGUAUAAACUCCUUGCACUCCAUUUACAAUUUCUGCAGCAAGCCUUGGAUGUUUUCCCAACUAAUUAAGAUCUUCAAUUCACUGGGCCCAGAGAAGUUUCCACUUGUAGAACAAAUGUUUUUCCCCAAUCACAAGCAAAUGCUCACAACCCCAGCUUUUCUCGUGGUCAUCAAAACGGGAUGUGCUUUUGCUGGGAUGGGGAAGGUGAAAAUGGAAAACCAGUGUGAUUACCAGGAUGCCAGCACAGCCACGGCCAAAACCUACACCACAACAGAGACCUUCACUGACUCCAAGUAUGACACACAGAGCCAAAAAAUUGGCAAUAAUGACAAGGCCUACAUGAGGACAUCUGUCUCAGGAAACUGGAAGGUCAACACAGGCUCCGCCAUAUUAGGGCAGGUGGCCACGAGUGAGAAGUAUAAGCUGUAGGUGGACUCCUGUUCAGAGAUAUCUGGGGGCCUGGACAUCUGUGACGUCAAAGCUGUUCACAGAAAAUAUGGCAGAGAUUACAUCAUUGAGGUGAGGGUGACGUUAACUUAUGGACAAGUGUUCAUUUGGUACAUGCAACUGGGUAAAAUGGUGGGUGCUUGCCUCAAUUUGCCUUUUCAACCAUUCUUUCCACAAUGAGCAAGGGGCAGUGUGAAAUCAUCCAAGAUUUGGAGUCAGAAGAUCUGGGUCCAAAUACGGGCUCUGUCACUUACAAGGUCUAUGACCUUGGCCAAGUCAUUGAUCUGGACCUCACUGGUUCUUAACUAGACUAGACCAGUGGUUCUUAACCUUUUUUGAGGUCAUGGACUUCUUUGGCAGCCUGGUGAUGUCUAUGGACACCUUCUUGGAAUCAUGAUUUUAAAUGCAUGAGAUAAAAUACAUAGGAUUAUGAAGGAAAUCAGUUA